UAUCUGAUAAAAGUUGGUUAGCUAGCUUUUAUGAGUACGUAGCAUAAAAGAGCUGACACACCAGAGCUGAUACGCAUGGACUAAAAGGCACAGAACCUUAAUUUUGUUCAUAAAAAAACCUUAAAAGGCAUUUUAAAGAUUUGUUAUUUUAUAUUAGUUUCCCUGUUUAAUAAUGCUAAAGAAUGUUUGUAAAGAAAAGCUGUCGGAACAAAAUAAAUCGAUUAUGCACCUCAGAGGACAUUUGCCAACUUUCCAAGGAAACCUCCACUUCUCGUAAAGACGAAACAUUUUCAUAAUUCCGCUCUCCCAUAACCAAAUUUCUUAUCAGAGUUAUCAGGAAAAUGAAAAGGCUUGUUGUUAUUCGUUCUCAAGCACGGUUAGAAAAAAAAUGUUGUAACAUUUUUAAAUCCAAAAUGAGUGUUUAGUUACACCAAUCAUAAGGCGAGGAGGCUGUUGAUGUGCUGCUGACCAAUCGCGAGCUGCAGCGGGCGGUGUGAGCGUGCACGCGAGUAUAUAGACUGAACCGCGGACUUUUCGACCCAUAUUGCUGUGUUGGCCGAGACACGUAACGCGUCUGGUCUGCACUCAACGGAGCUCAUAACAGACUUUUGGUGAUUUUCCCACCGAAAGACGUUAAAGUUUUCAAUUAAAACCACUUGUGUCGACGAAGACUAAGUCAAAAUGCGUGAGUGCAUCUCCAUCCAUGUGGGCCAGGCCGGAGUACAGAUUGGAAAUGCAUGCUGGGAGUUGUAUUGCCUAGAGCAUGGCAUCCAGCCUGAUGGCAAUAUGCCGAGUGAUAAGACCAUUGGUCGUGGGGAUGACUCCUUCAACACUUUCUUCAGUGAGACUGGCUCUGGGAAGCAUGUGCCACGAGCUGUGUUCGUGGAUCUGGAGCCUUCAGUCAUUGAUGAGGUAAGGUCUGGGAUCUACAAGCAACUGUUUCAUCCGGAGCAGCUCAUCUCUGGGAAGGAAGAUGCAGCAAAUAAUUACGCCCGAGGCCAUUACACUGUCGGCAAGGAGAUUAUUGAUAUGGUGCUGGAGCGUGUCCGCAAAUUGACUGACCAGUGCACUGGUCUCCAGGGUUUUCUGAUUUUCCACAGUUUUGGUGGAGGCACUGGCUCCGGUUUCACGUCCCUCCUGAUGGAGCGUCUCUCGGUCGACUACGGCAAGAAGUCCAAGCUCGAGUUUGCCAUCUAUCCUGCUCCUCAGGUCUCCACUGCUGUGGUUGAGCCUUAUAACUCCAUCCUAACCACCCACACCACCCUGGAACACUCUGACUGUGCCUUCAUGGUAGACAACGAGGCAAUCUAUGACAUCUGUCGCCGAAAUCUUGACAUCGAGCGCCCCAGCUACACCAACCUCAACCGUCUCAUCGGUCAGAUCGUGUCCUCCAUCACCGCUUCCCUGCGCUUUGAUGGGGCCCUGAACGUCGAUCUCACUGAGUUCCAGACCAAUUUGGUGCCAUAUCCCAGAAUCCACUUCCCCCUAGUCACAUACUCUCCCAUCAUCUCUGCUGAGAAGGCUUACCAUGAGCAGCUGUCCGUGUCUGAGAUCACCACCGCCUGCUUUGAGCCGUCCAAUCAGAUGGUGAAGUGUGACCCCCGGCAUGGGAAGUACAUGGCCUGCUGUAUGCUUUAUCGUGGUGAUGUCGUGCCCAAAGAUGUCAAUGCCGCUAUUGCUAACAUUAAGACCAAACGUUCCAUCCAGUUUGUGGACUGGUGCCCAACUGGAUUCAAGGUUGGCAUUAAUUACCAGCCACCUACAGCGGUUCCUGGUGGAGACUUGGCCAAGGUACAAAGAGCAGUGUGCAUGCUGAGCAACACCACGGCUAUUGCCGAGGCCUGGGCCCGACUGGACCACAAGUUUGAUUUGAUGUAUGCCAAGCGUGCUUUCGUACACUGGUAUGUUGGUGAAGGAAUGGAAGAGGGAGAGUUCUCUGAGGCCAGAGAGGAUCUUGCUGCAUUGGAGAAAGAUUAUGAGGAGGUUGGUGCAGAGUCUGUGGAGGAUGAAGAGGAGGGAGAGGAGUAUUAAAGACACUUUAAGAGGCCUACGGUUCGAGAAACGAGUCCUACUCCAGCACUUACAAGCAGUAUUUUACCUGGCAAGCUGUUUUGUCUCGCACAUAUGCUGUAAGUGAUAAAUACCAAUUCAGAAUAAAUUGUUCGGUCUAUUUA